AUGAUAGAUCCAUCGAGCUUAACGGCAGAAGCAUUAGCAAAAGCGGCAGUAAUCUUAUCAGUGGGUAUUUUACUUAUUUUCUCGGCAGUUAUUUCCAUCUGUGUCACGUUGUGUAAUGAAGCUCUACACGAUGUUAUUGGAUAUUAUAUGAUUUCAUUAUCAACGGUGGAUUUGGUGUGCUCUGUGGUGAUUAUACCGACCAGUAUGUAUAGCGCCUUGGUACCUGAUUGGCAAUUUAUGGGAGAUAAUUCUUUGUUAUGCAAAUGUUCGGUUUAUGUUGAAGUUGCCUUAUUCGCAAAUACUGCCUAUACAUUUGCGUGGAUUGGUGUUGAUCGAUAUGCAGCACUUAUGAAACCCCAAAGAUAUGAAACCGAACAAACAUUAACGAGGUGCAAAUGCUGGAUUGCCUUCAGCUGGUUAACAGCCAUUUUACUCUCGUUACCAAUUAUUGUCGCUCGAAUGAGGGUCUCAUAUUAUCGGCCAGCGGAAUUAUGCAUACUCGACUGGUCAGCAACAGCUGCAUACAGUAUGACACUCGCUGUUCUAAUACUACUGCCAUCAGUUUGUACUAUUAUCUUCACCUACUUUUCCAUAAUUAUGGCUAUCAAAAAUAUUGAUCGAUUAGAGGAUAGUCAACGAACAUUAUUUGAAACCGAUCACAAUUUCGCUAUAGCAUUUUUCGUUUUAAUCACAUUCUGUUUAUCAUGGUUGCCAGUGGUUAUUGUGCGAGUGUUGCCGGAAACGUUUUUAAAUCCGGCCGAUUCAGCAACAGUCGAUUUCGUAUUUGUUUGGCUCGCAAUCGGUGGACCUUCAUCGAAAUUGCUCAUUUCGCUUUUCAUAAAUCAGGAAUUUCGUUCGGGACUUGCAUCCACAUUAUCAUGUUGUUGUCUAACUGCGUCACGACAAAGGCGCCUCGAAUAUCGCAGUCUUUCUGAAAGAAGAAAUCGCUUUAGUUAA